CUUAGGCUUUCCAUGUACCGCAAGUCCUGGUGGCUGGGAUCAUCAGGCUGAGCGCUGCAACCGAGAAAGGGGAGGAGGAAAGCGGCCACGGGGGGCGGCACAGCUCGGGGAUUUCGGGCCUGUUCCGCUGUGAAAGGAGAAAGCCACGCAGUUCUAAUGGAUGUUCUCGCUCAGCUAGAAGUUCACCGGUAGCGGGUCACAGAGGCAGUAUUUCUUGGCUGUGAUAACCAUGCGUCUGAAAAAGGGACCUUCUCAUUCCUUCCAUCCACCAGCUACCGUCCAUUCAUCUCGAGGAAGCCAUGUUUACACAUUUACUAAUGGGUCAUCAGACCUCGACAGCUCCUCAGAAGAAGAACUUAACAUCUUGGAGCUGCGAGCGAGAGGAGGAAAGCUUCAUAGACAGAGUGCAUCGAGGGAAAAAGUUGGCGAUAUCGUUCUGCUGGAGCAUGCCAUUACAGAGAAUGACAACCUUAACAAACUGGCACUGCAGUAUGGCUGCAAGGUUGCUGAUAUUAAGAGGAUCAACAACUUUCUGAAAGAGCAGGACAUGUACGCCUUAAAGACCAUCAAGAUUCCAGUCAAAGUUCAUGGCAUUUUAACAGAGGGACACCGAUCAGCAGAUUCUAUCGACGUUGUCAUUGAGUCUGGUGAUGAGGCAUCGGUCACGCCAACGGAAAACCAAGAUAUAACCCAGUACUUCCGGGAGAUCGACCAGAACAUUGAGGCUGCAGCGCAGAACCAGGAGCUAUUCAGUGACUCACUGGACCUUGGGAAAGGCAACCAUCACCUCUCCACCAUCAUGAAGCAUAAAGAACCCAAUCUAGGAGCAGACUGGGGCAUACGAUGGUGGAAUGCUGUUUGUAUUAUGCUUUUAAUUGGGAUUGUGCUGCCAGUAUUUUAUAUCAUAUACUAUGAAACAUGGAAAGAAAAAUCACACUCUGCCAAUGUCACAAUUAAUGUUAUGUCAAACAUGAGCAGAUUGCUGGCAGAUCAAAUGCCCAACCCUGUGCAGUAUACAAAGAGACCUGUUGAUACAGGAGGCUGAGAUCUCAAGGAGGAAUAGAUGUAUGCAGUCUUAACAGAACCAGCUUGUCACUUUAUCUACACCAGUAUAAUAACUUUGUGUUCAUUGGUGGGAUUCACCACCAGGAGCAUUUAUCGAAAGGUGUUUUACAUGAUCAGAGUAAUAUAAGAAAAAAAAAUGCUCGACACACUACCGUCUUAUGGACUCUUAUCCCAUAUUCUGUUGUUUUACCAAAUAAUCUUCAUCCAAGAGCCAGCUUCAAGAUGUCAGGACUGUAUAAAGCUCCGGAUGGUUAUAAAGUGCUGCUAAAUUUGUCCUUUGUUUCCUGAUAUUGCAGACUAGAGCUUUGCUUCCCCCCUGUUUUUUUUUUUUAUGGUAGUGUUUGCU